GCAAAUUAGAUAAAGAUGCCCACAAAGCGGAUGCGCCGAUAGCAACGAUUCAAAUAACAACGAUCACUUCAGGCUGUACAAGAAAAUUAUAUGUGCGAGGAUAUCGAAACUGCUGGAAAAAAAGGACAAAAACCAGGAAAAGAUAAAAUAAGUAUUAAAAGUGACGGGCAAAGAGCAUUUCAUUGAAAAUGCCUUCGGAGCAGCAUACGAAUAUUAAAGUCGCGGUUCGCGUACGGCCGUAUAAUGUCCGGGAAUUGGAGCAAAAACAGCGGAGUAUUAUCAAAGUGAUGGAUCGAUCGGCCAUACUUUUUGAUCCGGACGAAGAGGACGAUGAGUUCUUUUUCCAAGGAGCCAAACAGCCAUACCGUGAUAUUACCAAAAGGAUGAACAAAAAGUUGACCAUGGAAUUCGAUAGGGUCUUCGAUAUAGACAAUUCCAACCAGGAUUUGUUUGAAGAGUGCACGGCGCCGCUGGUCGACGCAGUGUUAAAUGGUUACAACUGCUCAGUUUUUGUUUAUGGAGCGACUGGCGCCGGCAAAACCUUCACCAUGUUAGGCAGUGAAGCUCAUCCGGGAUUGACCUUCCUCACCAUGCAAGAUCUCUUCGAUAAGAUCCAAGCCCAGAGUGAUGUGCGCAAGUUCGAUGUUGGUGUAUCUUAUUUGGAGGUCUAUAACGAGCAUGUGAUGAAUCUGCUGACCAAAUCAGGUCCUCUUAAACUCCGUGAAGACACCAAUGGCGUGGUUGUCAGUGGUCUUUGCCUCACGCCCAUCUACAGCGCCGAAGAGCUGCUUAGAAUGCUUGUCUUGGGCAACUCCAAUCGCACCCAGCAUCCCACAGAUGCGAACGCUGAGAGUUCUCGGUCACAUGCCAUCUUUCAGGUGCACAUCCGGAUAACCGAACGCAAGACAGACACCAAAAGGACUGUUAAACUUUCCAUGAUUGAUCUGGCUGGCAGUGAACGAGCGGCGAGCACUAAGGGAAUUGGUGUGCGAUUUAAGGAGGGCGCCAGCAUCAAUAAAAGUCUGUUGGCGCUGGGAAAUUGUAUCAACAAGCUUGCCGAUGGUCUAAAACACAUUCCCUACCGCGACUCCAACUUGACACGCAUCCUGAAGGACUCGCUGGGCGGCAAUUGUCGCACGCUGAUGGUGGCAAAUGUCUCCAUGAGCUCUCUGACUUAUGAAGACACUUACAACACGCUGAAGUACGCCAGUCGGGCAAAGAAGAUACGCACAACUCUUAAGCAGAAUGUUCUGAAGUCAAAGAUGCCUACCGAGUUCUAUGUGAAGAAGAUCGACGAGGUGGUGGCCGAAAACGAGCGGCUCAAGGAGCGUAAUAAGACCCUGGAGGCAAAGGUUAACCAGCUGGAGCGAGCGGGCAGCAAUGGCUUCGAUCCGCAGGAGCUUAAGUCGUGGUACAGCAAGAUAGAUGCUGUAUAUUCGGCCGCCAAACAGCUGCAGGAACAUGUCCUUGGUAUGCGCAGCAAGAUCAAGAACAUCAAUUACAGGCAUACCCUAAAAAAAGAGCUGGAAGAGUUCAGAAAGCUAAUGUGCGUCGAUCAGCGAGUUUGCCAGGAGGACUACCGGCGCUUUGCCAAUUACAUGACCACUCUGACCAGCCAGAUGGAAAAGUACAAGGAAGAGUUGCCAUCAUGGCUAAGCAAAAUGGAGAAAGUGUAUCAGGAUCUGGAAAGCCUGAAGCGAGAGGUGAACAAGUCGAAGGCCUAUCAGAUCCUCAUCGUAUACGUUAAGUACAAGGAUCUCGACCUGCAGUUGACCAAGCAAAACAUGUUUAACAGCCACGUGAACGCAAUUAACCAGGAGCUGGUUGAGAAUCUAGACCUGAUGCGAAAGUCGUUCCGGGCAGCCUGCGAGGUGCUUAAUCAGACGUACGAUCGCCUCGAGGAUGGACAAAAGCUGACGCCAGAAAUAGAGGCUGUUUUUGAGCGCCUGUUGCGAAAGAUGCGAUUUGCGGACUCCGAGGCCAACAUUAAAAUGACCGAGAUGGAUUCGCUGGUGGUGCCUGAAGCUCUGCGAAGCGGCGAAGAUGAAGAUGAGCCAUCCAGCAGCCUGACAUCCAGUGCUAGAAAGCGACAGAGGCAAGCCGCCCAAAGCGACGACGAUCUGCAUCUAAGUAUGGAGGACUUCGACAGCCAGGACACCGAAUCGGAAUCCGAGGACGCGCACUUGACCUUCAAGAGACCACGCAACCUGAACGAGACACAGGUCCUCGCACCCUCGACCAGUAGCAUCAAUAGCUCCAGCAGUAGCACCAGUAGCGCCAGGAAAGCUCUCACGGCAACGGUCACCAAGCCGAGGAGCGCCCAUCAAAGGAUUAUCAGCGAUAUGCUGUCCGACCACAACGUGCGCGGUGGCAACGAAAAGAUCAAGAAGGGUACGGUUCUGCUUUUUAAAUCUCUGCUCAAAUCGAAUCACUUUACUGCCCAAGGCCUUCAAAGAACGUUGGCAGCGGCUUCUUUAGCCAAGGAAAAUGUCAAAUACAACGCCAAUUAUGUCCGCAAGAGUCCACGAGCGCUGAUGGCAAAAACCCUUGCAGGCACCUCCACUCUGGCGCGAAAGCCCCUCGGAUCGUCCAGUAAAGAGCCGCCUUUGGUGAAGUUCAAUCGGGCAGCCUCGUUCCGCCUGAAGAAGUAGGGCUCUUAUAUCGUUAGUUUGAGUUUGCCUUGGUGACCAUAUCUUCUGUGAGGGCCAUAGCUAUAACCAUAGAUAUAGAUAGAACACUAACCCCUCCAAAAAUAUGCCCGUUCGCUUUCAGUUCUUUUGACCCAUAACUUAACCCUUGAAUUUAUUUAUAUAUGUUCUUUUUAUACGUUUUAUAAGUUGAAAGAAAGUCUUGCGUUACGCGCUAUAUCUAGAAAUAUACAGCCGUUUCCUUGCCCUCA